UCGUGGGUUAGUCGUGCGGUUGGGUGAAUGUGAAGCUGCUGAUUCAACUAAUUAUUUUUCCGUCCUCCGCCGGAACGGAAUGGCACGGUUCAGCAAGAACCUCGCGAACAUUCCAUGCGACGUGUGAAGUAAAACAGCGCAUCUUAUCGGCAAUCAGAACGCGAACGGAAAGUAGUGAGGGGAGGAAGAAUCACCAAGGCCAGCGUAGCCUUGAUUGCGCCGCCGACAGAGUUCGGCACUCACCGUCCAUUGUCGUCGUACUAUGACUCAAUCUCUCAAGGACACGAUGAAAACGGCCGGGAUAUACUUUCUCGUGAUUUGUGCAUUCCUGUUCACCGCGUUCUAUAACGUUGCCUCGGACGUGAACGUGAAUCGGUCUGCCGUGGUGGCGCAGACUGGCCCCACAACUGCACCAACGAAAGCGAACGAUUCGUCGCAUCCAUCGCAAACAACAAACCUAGGCGCGCUACCAGCUGGUGGCGCAGUUUCGUCAUCCUCUUCUAUCGCACACGUGCCAGGGACCGGAAAUGGAACCACAACAAACCCAGCGGCGGCGGGAGCUGUACCGGCGGCUAGUGCGACAAACGCAAGCACGAUCAACGCGAACAGCACCACGACGACGGCAUCGGUCACUAUGUCGCCCGAAAAAAGUGCCGUCGAGCAGGAACAUUACAGCUCGAUGUCGAUAUUUUUCGUACUGUGCGUCAUCGCGCUGGGCAUCCUGCUGAUCCACAUGAUGCUUCAGACCGGAUUCCAGUACCUUCCGGAAAGUAUCGUGGUCGUAUUUCUGGGUGCACUAAUCGGGCUUAUACUGAGCGUGUCCUCCGUCAAGCACAUUGCCAACUGGGAGCGCGAGGAAGUGUUCUCCCCGACCGCGUUCUUUCUGGUCCUGCUGCCACCGAUCAUCUUCGAGUCCGGUUAUAACCUGCACAAGGGAAACUUUUUUCAAAACAUUGGCUCAAUCCUCGUUUUCGCAAUCAUCGGGACCACCAUCUCGGCGCUCGUCAUCGGAUCGGGCGUUUAUCUGCUCGGACUGGCCGAGGUUGCGUACCGGUUGAACUUUGUCGAAUCGUUCGCCUUCGGUUCGCUCAUUUCGGCCGUCGAUCCGGUGGCUACGGUGGCCAUUUUCCACGCACUCGACGCGGAUCCGGUGCUGAACAUGCUGGUAUUCGGGGAGUCGAUCCUGAAUGAUGCCAUCUCAAUCGUGCUCACGACCACGGUCAUGCCGAUGGUGUCCGAUCCCGGCACCAACGCGGGCGAAUCCAUCUUCUCCGCGCUCAACACUUUCUGCAUGAUGUUUUUUGCGUCUGCUGGCAUCGGCGUGGUGUUUGCGCUAAUGAGCGCCCUGCUCCUGAAGCACGUCGAUCUACGCAAGCAUCCGUCGCUGGAGUUCGGUCUGAUGCUAGUUUUCACGUAUGCUCCGUAUGUGCUCGCCGAGGGCAUUCAUCUGUCCGGAAUCAUGGCGAUCCUGUUCUGUGGCAUCGUGAUGUCGCACUACACGCACUUCAAUCUUUCGACGGUUACGCAAAUCACUAUGCAGCAAACGAUGCGUACGCUCGCCUUCAUCGCCGAAACGUGCGUGUUCGCGUACCUCGGGCUGGCCAUUUUCUCCUUCAAGCACCGCUGCGAGCUAUCAUUCGUCAUCUGGGCGAUCGUGCUGUGUUUGCUCGGCCGGGCUUGCAACAUCUUUCCUCUGGCGUGGUUGGUCAAUCGAUUCCGCGAGCACAAGAUCACCAACCGCAUGGCGUUUAUCAUGUGGUUCUCGGGGUUGCGUGGCGCCAUUUCGUACGCCCUGUCGCUGCACAUGCAGUUCUCCACCGAGGAGUCACGGCACGUCGUCAUCACCACAACGCUUAUCAUCGUUCUUUUUACGACACUGUUCUUCGGUGGCUCGACAAUGCCGCUUAUGAAAUAUCUGCAGGGCGGGAAGAAAGUGAAACGAUCGUCUCGGGCUGGUCGUGCCGGUCGCAAGCGCAAAGAGAAGGCACUGUCGCUGAGUAAAACGCGCGAAUGGGGGCAGGCCAUCGAUUCCGAGCACCUGUCCGAGCUAACAGAGGAAGAAGAGGUCAGCUUCACGCAGUCCCGCAUUGGCGGGUUCGCCCGAUGGGAUCGAAAGUUUUUCACACCCUUCUUUACGCGCCGCUUUACGCAUCAGGAGCUACACGAUUGUAAAAGCCAAAUGGCUGAUCUCACAAAUAAAUGGUACCAAGCGAUAAGGAUAUCGCCAGACGAUCAGGACGAAGAAGACGACGACGAUGGUGACGCAGACGCCGGUUCGGAACGUUCCACGACAAACAUCGUGUUUCCCGCACCGUCCGGUCGUGCUGGGAAAUCCUGAUGCCCCGAUAUGGUCGGUCGUGGAAUACGGUCCUUGCCGGUACCCAGCUCCCCAACGACCGAUGUCAUCGAGCCACGAAGCUGUGAAGAAAACCCCAGUGCCACUAGGCUCUACGAUACUUCUCCUUUACGCACAGUUGAUUUUUUGUGAACAGUUCCCAACGGGAGCUACGGCAGGUGAUAACGGAUGUAGGAAACAAGGAUAUACGUAGUUUAAUACCAGUUCGAACUGUUAGACCACCGUGGUAGAGAGGUGAAAGGAUCGGAGUGAUUAAUGACUGCUCCGCUGCCAAACGGGUGAUGGGUUCGGUACAGGAAGUGUUUCUUGAUUAUUUUAGUUUUUUCCAAAAAACGUUUAAAGAAAUUGCUUGUAUGUUAAUCUAUUCUACGGUGAUAAUUCGCUAGUCAAUGUAUAACAAAGGUAUAAAACGAGUAUUAUCAGAGAAUGAAACUCGUACACAAAAUACGAACCAGGGAUCGUAAGGGAUACGAUUGCCAAUAAUAACAUUUGCUAGACUUUAUUAUAGAUAUUUUGUACAAAAUAUGUAGCUAAUCGGCCACUCGGCCGCAUUUGAAGCUGAAGUUUACCGAAGAUCCAGUUCCUAUGAAUCUACAGCCGGUUGAAAAUCGUGACAAUUCAUAUUCUUUUGACCUUACACGUUACAACACCGGAUCGCGCACAAUGUCUUCAAGAAAACACGAGCCACAAAAAACAACAGUUGGAAAAUCCGGCUGAAUGCGGCUUUAUAGGGCGUGGUGCUGUGGCCAUCGAGACACGAGUUACACUCAAUAAUGCAAACAAUAAUAACAUUAACCAUCGUUCAUCGUCAGCUGAUCGUCAUCUUACUUUAAAUCUGCGCCAUUCUUCGCUUCUCUAGCUUACAGGAGGCGCUCCAAUAAGCCAGAAAUUCAAUUGCGUCAACUCAAAUCAUAAA